ACUACGUUUAGAGUGCCAUCUACUUGCUAUCAAGAUUUUGUUACGCGUGACGUAGGGUUAUUCAGAUCAUUUUUGUUCAUUGUGUUGGAAGUCUAUCACGCGGAAGACAACGUCUAUCAACCAUCACGGUGUGAAUACGUUAUAGAGGAAUUAAGACAGUGUUGUAUAAAACAUUCUGCUAUUUCGUUAGUCUGUGAUGGUAUAGAUACUUCCAAACCAUACGAACAUAAUACAGUGGAUUACAGAAAAGCUCAGAAAUAAAAUUCAUUAUGGAUAAGAAGUUCAAAAUUGUACGCUUGGAAAACAACAAAAGAUUAAUGACAAUUAGAAUAUGCAGUGCACUAAUAGUGGGUGUUCUUGCAUCGACAUUGUAUCAAUGGACACAAACACCGCCAAUUCCAAAAAACAAGUAGACAUAGAUAUGUUUUGAUAUUUUGACACAAGUAAUGUACGAAUAAAUAGCAAAUACAUAUAUAUUAUAUAAUA